AUAUUAUUAAUAAUAUUAUUAUUAAUAAUAAUAAUACAAUGGGUUUCUUGUAACAACAUAUUAUGUCAUCAAAUCCCUGCGGUUAAAGGUUUUUCCUUGAGUUUAGUUCAUGGGAGGAGCACAUUACUGCAAAGAAGAAGAAGAAAAAAUCCCCUAUAGAUUAACCCCUUCCGGUUAGUCUCCUAGUCUCCUCCCUGUUGUCUAUAUAAUGACAGCAGAAAUGAACCCCAAAUCAUGCACUUCUCAGCUCUAAAGAAACAUCCUCCAAAGGAGCAUUUUUGUGUUUUUUGUCCACUCGGAAAUCCACUGAGCCGGCCGUGCGUUCAACUUCCCCGAGGGUCCACUUUCCUGCAGCGUUUCUCCGUCUUGUCCAGCAGCAUGAGUCCUCAACUACUGUCCGUCUUGGUCCUGCUGUCUUCCGUCUUCUCUGCAUGUUGCAGUCCAGUGUGCCACGACCAGUGCUGCCGCUUCGUGGAGGAGUUCCCCGUCAGGGUGCAGAGGCUCAGGGAGGACUACAGGAGGAUCAGAGGUUUCUAUGAAUCAAACGACGACUUGGACAAGGCACUGUUGGACCAGAGCGUCGAGGAUGCCUUUAAGAGCCACUUUGCUUGUGAAGCCAUGAACAGCAUCCUAGAGUUUUACCUGAGCACGGUUCUGCCGACUGCGGUGGCCAGCGUGACCAUCGACACCACUCUGAAAACCCAUGUGGAGUCCAUACAGCUGAUUUUUGAUGAGCUGAAGAGGGACGUCCACAGAUGUAGAAAAGUCUUCGAAUGCAAGAAGCCGUUUGAUAUCAGGAACCUAAAUUCAACGUACACUGAGAUGGAGAGUAAAGGUGUGUUCAAGGCCAUGGGAGAGCUGGAUCUGUUGUUCAACUACAUCGAGACGUACCUGGCGUCUCAGCGGAAGAGAAACUCUCAAUGAAGACCAGCUGACUUUAAUGAAAAUUAUUAUUGCUGUGUGCGUUUUGGGAAACAAAAUGGACAAUCUUUGAGUUUGAGACUAACAUGCAUCUACUUGGUAAUGUCCAGAACUAUGAAUGUAAUGCAUGAAUGCAGGAGUGUUGUCUGCUCUUCAGAGACAACAGACAGUCGUUUGUCCCAAGGACAAGUUUACUGUUUGAGAACCGUGUUCUGUCGUGCUUAAAGAUAGAAUAAGUAUAUUUUCAGUGCAGAGUGUAUUUAUUACUUCUAAGUGUCAUUUAAUGUAUUUUUUUUAUA